AUGGAGGAAAAGAAGCAAACCUCGACUUUUCAGACACGAACAUGGCCCCGGAGGAUCAUCUUCUGGAUGGCAGCAGCCAUUGUGAUGGGCCGGUUGCAUUUCGGUGGAUUCCUUCCGAAGCGCUGGGUCUUUCCGGGCAAUCCUCAAGCCCAAGUCUCGCCCUAUGGACCAUUUCCACAAGAAAAGGACCCAUUCCAGUUUCUUCCCUGCACCAACGCCAGUCGUCCGCCACCACUUGACGAUCCUACUCCGCGGCAAUCAUGGGCCGCUCUCUUCGACCCCAAUCCCAGCCACUGGAGCUGGGGUAGCACAGGCGGCAUCUACCUGUGUGGAUACUUGGAUCUCCCACUCGACUAUCACAACUCUUCAGACCCUCGUAUAGUCCGCAUUGCAGUUACCAAGUUCCAAGUCGCUGGUUUGGCUCAUAUCAAUAGUCCCAGCGCUUCCAGCCAUAGGAGUAAGCGCACUAUCAUCAUAAACCCAGGAGGCCCAGGAGGGAGCGGAACAGCCUUUCUUUGGCAGAGGGCGGAGGAAAUGACCAACCGCUUCAGUGAUGGGCAACUGGACGUGCUAGGAUGGGACCCCCGUGGUGUGAAUUUCUCCCUCCCCGCCGCAGCAUGUUUCCCUCAUGAUGCCUUCCGGGACCGAUGGUCACUCCUAGCACUCCGAUAUCGUGAGGAAGCCCAAAAGUCCCAACUAGAGACCGUGGAUGCCAUGAACAACGCCACUUUCUUUGCCUGCCAGCAACGGCUGGGCGAUUUUGGUCGCUUCGUCAGCACGGCGUCGGUGGCGCGCGACCUAGAGGAGAUCCGAAAAGCACUUGGUGAAGACGAAGUAACAGGAUACUUGGUCAGCUAUGGUACAGGGAUUGGUCAAACAUAUGUCAACAUGUUUCCCACCCGAGCGGGCCGUUUGAUCCUCGAUGGCACAGAAUAUGUCAGGGAUCAUCGCCUCCUAGGCGGUUUUGGCUGGACAGCUCUCGACAAUACGACAGAUGCUUGGCGCGAUGGGUUCCUGGGGGAGUGUAUCAACGCCGGUCCGAAGUGGUGUUCAUUAGCCAAUCCCGCUCCAAACCAGGAUGGCCCUGUCAUACUCACACAGCUGGAAGCGCGCAUGAACCAACUACUUGAGUCCCUCAAAGCUCGCCCUCAAUCUGCGUAUACGGAAUCAGGCGGACCGUCCCUGGUCACUUAUUCAGCACUCGUGGAGAGGAUUCUCUAUCCGGCUAUGUAUAGGCCGAUGGACUGGCCUCGUACGGCACAAAUGCUCUCUGAGCUCGAAGCAGGAAAUGCAACUCUAGCAGCCGAGUCACUAGACCUCUCAUGGAGCGACCAUUCUGAAGAGCCAUCAUAUCCCCAGCUCCCAUCUUCCAGUGAGCUUGAUCUUCUCGUGAUCUGUUCCGAUGCAUAUGAUGCGCCCCUCCCCGACGGACUUGACUGGUGGGAUCAGCUGUGGGAAACCAUGUCCAACCGGAGCUGGAUUGCUGGCAACUCUCGGUUCUUCUCAGUACUGCCUUGUCGACAUUACAGUACCUAUUGGGGUCGUCCUUCGGAGGUGUAUCGCGGCGAUCUCAACCACACUCUCACGACUCCCGCCUUGCUUAUUGCCUCGCCGUAUGACCCUGCAACUCCUUUGCACAAUGGAAGAAGGCUCCUAGCGGAAAUGGACCAAAAUGCCCGGUUGAUUGUUAAUCAUGCUUAUGGGCAUAGCUCUAUGCGUGACAGGUCAGACUGCACGGAUGGAAUUGCUAAAGCUUACAUUCUAAAUGGGACUCUUCCCGAUGAACAGGAAGUCCAGUGCUAUGCGAAUAGCAAGCCUUAUGUUAAUGGUUCUGUCAGUGACGAAUGA